AAUUUAGUCACAUCCCUCCUUUAAGAAAAUUCAUUUUCGUGUUCAAUUUGAUACAAUACACGAUGUUGACAAACAAGGUACCAGACCAAAGCAAAUUUUAAUUUCUUGGAUUCAUACUGUGUUUGCGGACGGAAUCAGCAUUCCGGAUUUGCGGUAGGAAAUACAGAAAUAACAAAUGAGGCGUUCAGCAAAUUCAGGAAAAACAUCGUGCGGUGAAUUUUGUCAACAUGAUGGCUGCGGCCGGAGUUGCAAAAUCUGGCCUUUUGGAGGUACUUGCAAGGGACCAGUGGUGCCGAAUCCUGGCCACACUCGAAGAGGAAACCUUGACAAUAAGUUUGGAGGACGGAUAUGAACCGAAUGGCGUCUCAAACGGCGGGGGAACGGGCCCGACGGAGCAAAACAACAACCCGAGCAAAAACGAUUCACUCCGCCAUUCUGACUACUUGCACGGCGUACAAGGACCGGACACAAUUCCCGACGCGAUUGCAAACCAGAAACGCGUCGUAAAAGUCAUCAAACAUGAAGUGGGGGGCCUGGGAGUCAGCAUCAAGGGAGGGAAAGAGAACAAAAUGCCCAUCAUCAUCAGUAAAAUCUUCAAAGGUUUGGCGGCGGAUCACACGGAGAGCCUUUACGUUGGGGAUGCAAUUUUGUCCGUGAACGGGGAGGACUUGCGAGACGCAACGCACGACGAGGCGGUGCGAGCGCUCAAGAAAGCCGGCAAGGAGGUGUCUUUGGAAGUUAAAUACUUACGGGAGGUGACGCCCUACUUCCGUCGAAGCACCGUCAUCGGGGAAGUGGGCUGGGACACGCCUUCCCCCUACGUCAUCAAGGAACCGGGCGCCAACCCCCGAGCCACCCGUAACAACUUCACGGAGAUGCGAACCAUCCCGCUCAAGCUGUGCUACGUGACGUCCAACCUGACCGUCAACGACCCGGAGCACCGGACCAUCGAGUUGCACUCGCCGGACAGCCGAAGCUCGUGCAUUCUGCGCUGCAAGGACGCCACCAGCGCCAGUGAAUGGUUCAGCGCCUUGCAAGCCAACGUGUCGCUACUGACCAUCCAGGCCAUCGCCGAGGCCAACGAUAUCCUACGGGCCAUGCCAGGCAGCCGGGAGAUCAAGCACAUGGGCUGGGUCUGUGAGCAGGUACUAGUCAAAGAAAUGAGCAACACAGAAUCUGGUGGCUCAGCGUGGAAGCCGGUCUUCGUCGCCAUCACAGACAAAGACAUAUUGAUGUACGACAGCGUUCCCUUCACCAGAGAGGAGUGGGGGAAGGCGUUUUUGGUCCACGGACUUCUCGCAACGAGACUCUUGUACUCAGGGAGCCCUAAAGGCCUUGGCCCGCGUCACCAGGUAGAACUGACGUUCGGUACGCGGACGGGGACCCGCAACGGCAUCGAGGCCCAUCUCUUCAGGGUGGACACGAGGCGAGACCUGGGGGCCUGGACGCGCCACCUCGUGCAGGGAUCCCACAAUGCAGCAGUGCUGGUCAAGGAAAUCGUGUGUGCUGUGACGUGGCAAGGCAAAGAGGCCAAACUCACCAUCCACUACGAGAAUGGAUUCACGCUUACCAGCAACCCACAGGAGGGCCAGAACAGCAGUAGUAAAAGCGAGGUCUACUGGGUCUACCCUUACGAGAAACUCCGGUAUUCGUCCGACGACGGCAAGAGACUUAUGUGGCUCGAUUUCGGGGCCGGAGAAGGAGAAUUUGAAUUGGACCUUCACACUUGCCCCAAGCCCAUCGUUUUUAUCAUCCACACCUUCCUCAGUGCCAAAGUCACACGGAUGGGACUCUUUGCAUGAUGGGAUACACGCCCUGCAUUCUGGGAUAUAUGCCUUGGUGUCGGAGAUUUGCAAGGGAUUGCGGGUCAUGCCCCUCGGGUCAAAGGGCAAGGGUCAUUUGCACCAGUACUGGUGGGAAGGAGCUCAGAUUCACUGGAUAACGGAAGGCAGCAUUUAUUAUGGUUGUACGCGCAGUUGUUCUUUCGCGGGUUGUGAGCACGCCCCAUAGAUUCCGCGUCGCAAUGCAUUGUGGGAUAGUCACACUGCGUAGCGGGAUCCCCUCUCUGAACCCUGACUUAAUCGUGGUACGCCAAAAGAAAAAAUCACCGUUUGAAGAUUAAUCUGAUCG